GUGGAAUAGCACAUGCGUGCUCUGCAUUACCGACGCCCGACGCCGUGGCUGUCAAACUUUGUAGUUGGUAAACAUUUAUAACCGUUGAAUCAACCCGUCCACAGAACAUGUCAGCAAACGUAACACCGGAACGUUCGAACCUCUCAAAGCACCGUCUUCAGUCGCCUCGUACGCCCCUUUCGCCGGCCGGUGUCACAGUUGGUGCCUCGAGGGUUCGUGAUGCAGUGGAAAAAUGUUGCGACCUGCACAAGAAAUGGCAGAUCACGAUUCGCAAAGGAAUGCAAUACUGCAGCGGAAUCGAGUCACUAAAAAUGGGUAUAUUCGAGGCACAGACAGAAGAUAAAAAUCCCUAUCCGGCUAACCUGAGUGUGUACUGCAACAAUUUGUCGGUUCUGUGUGGUAUUCUGCAGGAUGUUGCAGAUGAGCUAGAGACGUUGAUCGAACAGAUGGAGGUCUUGCGCGCCGCUAUGAAAGAUGAACUGGUUGGUAGAAGCUGGCACCUUGGUAAAGUGCUUGGGUCGCUUCGAACGAUUUUGGCACGUUACAAAUCCGAUUUGAGCACACGAAAGGUGGUUGCUGAGAAUAUAGGACAUUCUUGUGAUCGAGCUGAGCUUGCGCUUCAUAUAGCAUUUUGGGAACAGUUGGCCAGCCAGGAUGAAGACGUGGAUCUACUCGUGCGAAUGCUCACAGUUGAAUUUGGGUUAUCCGUGGCAUAAUUUAAAGUUUUUUUUCAAACACUGUGAUA